AAAAGAAAUGAUGCCUUAUCCGGUCGUACUACAUCCAUCUACUCACCGUGCUUCUUCACCAGUCGUCAUGGUUACAAGAUGUGUGCCCGAAUAUACCUGAAUGGAGAUGGAAUGGGCAAGGGAAACCAUGUCUCCCUGUUCUUUGUCAUCAUGAGGGGCACAUUUGAUGGGUUGCUGAGAUGGCCAUUCAGACAAAAGGUCACUUUCAUGCUGCUAGAUCAAAACAACAGAGAACAUGUCAUUGAUGCAUUUCGUCCGGACCCUACAUCGAAUUCCUUCAAGCGUCCUACCGGCGACAUGAAUAUUGCCAGCGGCUGCCCUUUAUUCAUGCCUUUAUCUCAACUGGACAGCAGUCGAUAUGCUUACGUAAAAGACGAUUGUAUUUUUGUCAAGGUGAUCGUAGACACUACAGAUUUAAACUGAAUCAUAUGGCUCUCAUUUCUGGUUUGCCUGUACUGCUGUGUAACUGUUAUAUGUUCUGCACCUUACAGUGUUGUCAUUAUUGUUUUCC